GGUCAGACAAGUGGGUGUGUCCAUGCAGGAAGGUAAACUCUGUCUAAACCUGUUCACCUUGCCUGCUGCUUCAGCAAGCCCACAUACCUUCAGACAGCAUACUGCAACAUUCUCAGGGUGGUUUCUCUCUGAAAACCUCAGUUUUUGUCCAUAUUGGCGUUUUACUUUUGGAAUAGCAGACAUGUUGACGGUGUACAUGGCCAGUGUGAGCGGUUCUUUGGAGGUGAAGAAAAAUCAAGAACGAAUCUUCUCUGUCCUCACUUCUAAGAAAAUUGCCUUCAAACAGGUGGAUAUUACUCAGAACAUUGAGGACAAGAAUUUAAUGAGGAAGAAGGCAAACAAUCCAACUGCACUUCCUCCACAGAUAUUCAACGGAGAUGUAUACUGUGGAGACAUUAAUGCAUUCAAUGAAGCGAUUGAGAAUGAAGAACUUGAGAAGUUCCUCAAGCUAUAAAGGGAAUGCUGAGCAGCAAUGUGGGAGUUUCGGGAACAUACUAAUGGAAUUCGCUGCACAAACUAUUAUGAAAGAAUAUCUUUUUGCUCAUCUAUCUUUCAUAGAGUAUGCUUUAUUGCUUCAAGAUGCCAAGAAGGGUUGCCUUUUGAGAAAAACGUGGGAUUUUGGGUAGCAGCACAUUUUGGAAUGUUGUAAAAGUGAAAUAAAGUGUUUCAAAACUGU